GUUGUCUGCCGUUCGCCACGCAAUCCGACGGCACGAUGGAAGUUGGCCGUUCAUGGCUUCCCUCGGACGAGUUCAGACUGGUAGUAGCAUGGCUUCCCCAGGCCCAAGAAGCCAGCUCACCCGGUUAGUGGGGAGUUGCUGUCAUCGUCACCGCAUUCUGUGACUAAUUCCCAUCUUCAAGGCUCCAAGCCGUCAGUCUGUAUCCAGAGACCCCGCCGUGGAAGUGGAGUCCGCCGCCGCGUGUCCACCAAAGAAAAUUCUCGACAUGGGUGGGGAUCCGAGAGGGGAAGUGAAAAGUGGAAUGGUGCGAACGUGGUUCCCGAUGUCGCGAUGCAGGUACCAGCGGCGAAUUACACAAUUUUGUUUGCGCGUGGCCCAGUGUGGCGACUGGCGAGCUGCUGCAGUUACCUACAAGAGUCCGGGGUCGUCCUCUCUUCUCGCCUGUGUCACCAUUCCUGCAUCCGCUGCAUUGCUCCGCCGAGAUGCACCAGCCCACCGUCACCGUGGAGGACGAGAAGAUCCGUCAGGACGGAUAUGCAGGUCCUCCGGUGGUCAAUUACGACGAUGAGGCUCCUCCGCUCAAAGGAGAGUUGGAGUUCAACGUCGGUGGCCGCGGUGCCACCCAACGGCGGCUGAAGAACUACCAGGUCAGCAUGAUCGGGUUCUGUGGUGGAAUUGGGACCGGUCUCUUCGUGGGAACAGGCUCGGCGUAUGCGGACGCUGGGCCCGCCGGAUUACUGCUGGCGUACAUUGUCAUCGGAUUUAUCCUGUGGUGUGUGAUGCAGAGUAUCGCCGAAUUGGCUACCCUGCUGCCUACAGCUGGAUCCUUUCCUCACUGGGCGACUCGCUUCAUCGAUCCCGCUGUCGGCUUCUCACUCGCCAUCACCUACGGCUAUUGUUAUACCAUUGCGAUCGCUUCCGAGGUCUCGGCCGCAGCAGUUAUUGUGAGCUACUGGUCCGACAUAACACCGGCCGUGGUCAUCACGGUUGGGCUGGUGCUGAUUCUGGCCAUAAACUUGAUGAGCGUAACCUUCUAUGGUCACAGUGAGGUCCUAUCCGGCGCCAUCAAAGUGCUCUGUUUUGUUGGAUUGGUUAUUGUCGCGAUCGUCAUCACCGCUGGAGGCGGGCCGAACCACCAAAGCAUCGGAUUCCGCUACUGGCACCAUCCCGGAGCUUGGACGAACUACAACGGCAUCACCGGCCCGACCGGACACUUCCUUGGAUUCUUGUCCGCCUUCGUCAACGCCUCGUUCAGUUUCGUCGGGGUUGAGACGGUUGUCAUCACCGCCGCGGAAUCGGUCGACCCCCAUUACUCCAUCCCCAAGGCUGCCCGCCGCGUGACCUACCGUAUCGCCUUUUUCUAUAUUCUCGGCGCACUGCUCAUCGGAAUGAUCGUCAGCCCGACCAACUCGAACCUCGUCUCUGGGUCCGACAACGCCAACAGCUCUCCGUGGGUCAUUGCUAUCAAGCAGGCAGGCAUCAGCGCCCUGCCGUCCAUUGUCAAUGCCUGCAUCCUCAUCUCGGCCUGGUCGGCGGGUAAUUCCUACUGCUGGGUUGGGUCGCGCAUGAUCGUGGCCAUGACGACCGACCGUCAGUUGCCGCAGGUGUUUGGGCGGGUGAACAAGGCGGGUGUGCCUUGGGUUGCCGUCAUCGCCUCGUGGCUUUUUGGCCCAUUGGCCUAUCUGAGUCUCGGCUCCGGUGGUCCGUCGCAGGCUUUUACCUGGCUCCUGAACCUAAGCACGAUUGCUGGACUGAUCGCGUGGGCGACCCUUUCUCUCUGUUACAUCCGCUUCUAUCAGGCCAUGAAAGCACAAGGCGUCAGUCGUGACACCAUACCUUGGAAAUCGCCCUUCCAGCCAUACACCGCGUGGGUUGGUUUCAUUGGAUCGACCAUCAUCACACUGGUGGCUGGGUUCCCCGUCUUCCUUAAGGGUAACUGGUCCACGGCCGAUUUCUUUGCCUCGUAUGUCGGCAUUCCGAUCUUUAUCGUGCCCAUUAUCCUCUGGAAGGUUUUCAAGCGCACGGAGUUUGUUCGGCUCUCCAACAUGGACUUGUGGUCUGGCCGGUUGCAGGAAGGAGAGAUUAUCAUUCAUGAGGGAGGUCCGAAGACGCGGCUGAGGCGUUUCGUGGAGUGGUUCUUCUAAUUCGUGGGCUGGUCUCCUAAUUCAACAUUGUUAUGUCUAUUACGCAUACCCACAGUCUCGAGUAUGGUGGAUUUCGCAUAUCUCUGGCCCGACUUCUCAUUCGGUCUGCUGGUGGAGAUAUUCUUCAAACCGAGCCACACCAAGUGUUCUGGUUUGUAGCGGGGUGCAGAAUUCUCGUGACGCGUAGUACACUUUUCCUGGACUUCCUGGGCUGAGGCCAUCAUUAACCCAGCAAUAUCCCGGGCUCCCUGAAACAUGCGUAGAAUGGCUUCGGCUUACUCUCCAGGACUCCUCGCCCCAUGGUUCUCUGAACAAUCGACCACGAUGGAUAGUCCAGCGAAGCCAUAUCCUCUUGACCUCAAUGGAGCCCGCUCAUG